UCACCAACAAAGAAAGAGAUAAAGAGAACAUAUCAUCUCUUCUCUCCUUUGUUGUUGUUGCGUCAAACUGUGUUUUUGUGUUGUGUUGGUUCUCUUUGUACUAUAUCUUAUUGUUAGAUAGUGUGUCUCUCCUAUUUUUACAAUUCUAUUCUAUAUGCUCUGUCUCAUCCAUCUCUCUUACUUCUCUUUCUCUCUCUCUCUCUUCUUCUGUUUGUGCCCUCGUAUUCACUCUUUGUGCUUGAUUCUCUGCCCAAAAAAAGGUUUAAUUUCGCAUCUGUUCCAUCUUGUAUCCACUCAGAGAGACUCACUUCUAUCAUCUCAUGUAUACUCAAUAUAAGUAACCCAAAAAUAUUAUUAUAAACAAACCAAAAGAGAAAAGGGGAAAAGAAGAAGAAAAAAAAAAAAAAAGAAAGGUAGAGAGCACUUCAUGAUCGUUUGAUCUUGAAUUAAUCCGUAUUAUUAUUUUACCUAUUCUAAGCAAUUAGCCCUCAGCUUUCAUACCCUUUACUUGAUUCCCUUAGAAUCGUUGAAUCUAAUUCUCUCUUCUCAGAACCUCUCAUAAUUCCUCAGCUUAGCUUUACUCUCUCUUCUGAUUGAGUAAGAGAAUCAUGUGUGGUUGAUUAUUAGGUCUUAAUUUAGACAGAAGAAAAAGCUAGAGCUUAGCUUGCCCUUUGUUUCUUACGAUGAGAAUUGAAGCUGCUUGGGUUUGACUUUUGCUUUUCCCUUCAUGUUCUUCACUUAGAAGUGAAAGAAGAUAGUGUGAAUUGGUGUGGUAGUUGUUGAUCAUCAUAGAAAAAAACCUAGCUAGAAAGCUGGCUAAUCCUUGGUGGACCGGAACCCAGGUGGGGUUAUCUGGGGUUGACCCAGGAAGCCAUUCACCUGGCUUAAGCAGCAAGGGGCACACCGACAGAGCCCCCACAGUUGAAGAUGAAGAUAAUAGGGAUAACGGAUCAGAUGAACCAAGAGAAGGUGCAGUCGAAGUUGGAACCCGAAGACCCCGAGGUAGGCCUCCAGGUUCCAAGAACAAGCCUAAACCACCCAUCUUCGUCACAAGGGAUAGCCCCAAUGCCCUCCGGAGCCACGUCAUGGAGAUAGCAGGUGGUGCUGAUGUGGCGGAGAGCGUGGCGCAGUUCGCCAGGAGGCGACAACGCGGAGUUUGUGUGCUCAGUGGGAGUGGAUCGGUUGCCAAUGUUACCAUCCGACAACCUACGGCGCCUGGCGCCGUAGUCCUUCAUGGAAGGUUCGAGAUCUUAUCUUUAACAGGAGCAUUUUUACCUGGCCCUGCCCCUCCUGGGUCCACGGGUUUAACCGUGUAUCUGGCCGGUGGACAAGGUCAGGUUAUUGGAGGGAGUGUUGUUGGGUCACUCGUAGCUGUUGGGCCUGUUAUGGUCAUUGCGGCCACAUUUGCUAAUGCUACCUAUGAGAGGCUCCCACUUGAUGAGGAAGAUGAAGGGCCUAGCGGUGGUGGUGGUGGUGGUAGCAGUGGUGGUACUGGAGGAGGCGCAGGUGGUGGUGGUUCUCCACCACCACAACCUCUUCCAGGGAUUGGAGGUAGUGGAGGCCAUCAUUCGCUACACGGGGGUGGUGGCCUUCCCGAUCCAACAUCACUCCCUUUGUAUAACAUGCCACCUAAUUUGAUGCCUAAUGGAGGGCAGGUAGGGCAUGAGGCUUAUCCUUGGCCUCAUGGACGACCACCUUAUUGAAUUCGGUCAUAAUUUGUGAUGAAUUGAAGGAGACAAGGUGUUAGAGAUGUGUGAUCAAAUCAAGGUUACGUUCAAAUGAUUUCGUUGUUCGUCUGUUUUGUUGUUUCUAGCUUGAAGACUUUGUUUGAUGGAUAGGAAUUAAUGGGCAAAGAUUUGAAAGGUUAGAGUACUAAUUAUAUAUAGUUGUGAAGAACUGUGAGAUGGAGGCAAGUAAUGUUUAUUUUAUCAAUGUAUAUGGAUCAUGAAGCUUCUUUUUUUUUCUACCCUAUCUUUAGUUUCUGUGUUUUGGAAUAAAAAAGAUGAUCAUGGGCAUCUUUUUUUAAUAUAUUUAUGAAUAAUUUAGUAGGUAUUUUCAUAA